UCUGCCGAGUUGACCAAUUUCCUUCGUAUCCUGGACAAAGAGGAGGCCGAGUACCGGAAUGCCAUCUUCUAUCAGUACGGCCUUUUGCGCCACAAAUUGGAGCAACGAAUGGCCGAGCUGGCCGUGGCCGGCUUGGCGCCGGGGCGUGCCUCGCAGGUACGCAUUUCCGACGUCCCAUUCAUCGGAGAGGCCGGCGGUCUCGCACUCUACUCCAGCGCCGGCCUCGCCGCCGACCCGCUCGACCUACCACUCGAGGUCGUUGGACGCGCCGGUGCCUGCGCCGGUGCUUGUGCCGGUGUCGGAGUUGGCGGUGGUUGCGGUGGCGGUGACGACGGCAGGGGUCGUUGCUACGCCUAUCCACAGUACGGCGGUCAGCCUCUUGCGCAGACCCCGCCGGAAACUCCGAUCCCGGCUCGGAACAAGCAGUCUCGAUCGCCCCAUUUGCUCCCUGCCCCGACCGACUGUAGAUGCUGCUUCAUGGUCCCGCCGGCCGAGGUACCGUUGCCUCAGCAGCAGCGUAUGUCACGAGGCGUGUUGACCCCAUACGAGAUACACCGAGCCCACAGUAGGGGUCGUUCGGGUUCACCGACGGCCAGUGUCUAA